AUGGCUGCUGCUGGUCCCGCUCCCGCUCCUACAGAGGCAACAGGUCGAGAUUUCAUAUAUUCGGCGGAUUAUAUGGCCUGCGUCGCCUGCGUCGGGAGGGCCAAGAGUGCGUGGCGUGAAGGGCGUUUGCUUACUGUCUCUUGUGUUUGGAGCAGAGUGGCUUCAAAGAAGUGCGAUAGUUGUAUCCAAUCUCAUGGUGUUUGUCAUUCAGUUCCGUUUAGCAUUUUAUACGAGUCCUGGGUGUUUCACGAGCUUUUGGACUGGGCUAAGAACGCUGAUUCUGCGGUAGCGUUGCCAAGUACUGGUUUGUCAGCAGGAACGGCGGCGGCUCGAUUGGCAACCGGUGCCCUUUCGGUAGCGUUCCGUUCUUUGGUUGAGAGUCAUUGUAGUGAUCAUGCGCUUGAUCUCCAAAAGGCUUUUGACACUAAGAACUUGCGAAAUUACUUUGCGUCUCAGGAGGAUAAGGCUCGUAGACAAUUAUCUACAAAGGUUCUUCCUAUCGUUUUUCCCGAUACUCUGUGUCGAAUCGGUCACGGGGAGGCAGGGUUCCUUUCGUGGAAUACUACGAUCAAGGCCUUUUUCUAUGACAUUUCUCAAGAAUUUGUUCUGCCUGAUGGGGCUCCGGUUCCUCCAGUAAAUGUUGAGAUGGCAAUUUUGAACAUGGCCACAAAAUACACCAAUUCGAUCUGA